AUGGCGCCGGCAUCCCGUCUGCUCGCAUCAGGCCUCGCCAUAGCCUUGUAUACCAUUGGCGCUCAAGCUGAUGGUACUGGCCUUAUUGGAUGGGGCAAGACGCUUUACGAUCCGACCUGCACCUUUGCCUGUCGUAAUGUCCUCAGGAAGCAGACUCUUGCUUGUACUCCAAGUAGUUCCAGCACAAACCAUGGAACUGCUCACAAUCCCGUUUCGACACCACCCGAUUGCUUUGUCAAAGACCACGCCUUCCUUCUUACCAUGGCCUUAUGCAUCGACACAUACUGCCCGCUAAGCGACAAGCCACCGAUGGCCAAACUGGAGGACUAUUGGGCAGCUCAUCUGGGCACUGGCACUCUGGGUAAUUACAAGUAUGUCCCAGUCAUGUCAUACCAAGAGGCCCUGACCGCCGGUCGGGACGCCGAGUCCAAGGCUGCCCACAACACCAAUUCCUCGUCCUCUGGCUCUGGCGACCACGGGCACAGCAGUCACCGAAGGGCGCCGGCCGUCCGACUAAAUGCUCGUCAUGGAGACAUGGGUUCAGACGACGACUCCGGAGGUUUGGAGGUUUACGAUGUCUCUAGCCCGUUGCCCAAGGCGGCCGGAGGCUCCAAGCCGCUCAACACCACCAGUUUCGUCGACCCUUCCGACUGGCAGCUACAAUGGAAUUACUUGCAUGAUUUCGAGGUCAACGAGGCGACUCACUCUACUGUGACUAUUGUCAUCACCAUCGUCGCUAUUUUCUUACCAGUUGCCCUCUCCCUCCUUCGCUUUAUUCCAGGCUUCACAAAGAGCCGUGCCUGGACUUACUGGCAGUCUUGGCUCAUUCACCCAGUCACCUUUGGCAGGCGUCAUCGCGAACCCAUUGCCGGCGUUGGCAAUAUUCCCACUCGUGGCCAGGCCUUGUACAUUUUUCUCAUUAGUUUCCUCAACAUCAUCCUGUGGCUCGCCCCUUACACCAUUCAUCAGCCCCAGGCCAGCUUCACUUCGCUGAAGAUGCAGAGCGUUAGUAUCAUUGGCAACCGUGCCGGCGUUAUGGCUAUGGGUAACGUUGUUGCCCUUUUCCUCUUUGCAGCCCGCAACAACGUCUUGCUUUACCUUACCGACUGGAGCUACAGUACCUACCUGCUUUUGCAUCGCUGGUUGGCGUACUGGGCUAUCUUUCACACCAUCGUUCACUCCUUCAUGCUGCUGGCCAACUACAUUCUGAAGGGUACCUAUGAGGCUGAGCUGAUCCGCCUGUACUGGAUCUGGGGCAUUGUCGGCACCGUUGCCGUGUGCGCUAUUCUGCUGUCCUCCCUGCUGUGGGUGCGCCAGCGCUUCUACGAGAUCUUUCUGGCUUCGCACAUUGUCUUUUCCCUGCUCUUCAUCAUUGGCUACUACUAUCAUAUUUGGUACGUCUACCAGUACAACUGGGGUUACGAGAUCUGGAUCUUUGUCGCUGGCGGCAUCUGGGGCGCCGAUCGCCUUUUCCGGCUUGUUCGCAGCUUUUUCCAGGGCCUCAAAUGGGCUACCAUCACCACGGUCGACGAUGUUGACGGAGAGUACAUCCGCAUCGAGGUGGAGGGCAAGCGCCUCAAGGGUGGUGUAGUUUACCUCGGCUUCCCGACUCUCACCUGGCGCUUCUGGGAAACCCAUCCAUUUUCUGUGGCUUAUGCCGGAGAUGAUGGCAUCGCCACGAAGCCUCGAACACAGCAUCCGACAGUUCUUAGCUCGAAUCAGGAGAACAAGUCCGUCGCAACGCCCGAAACUAUUGAAACUGACCCCGAAAAGGUCGUGGAAACAUUCCAGGACUCGGACGGCAGCAACACACAAAGAAACACCAACACUACGGUUUUCUACUCUCGCACCCGCAGCGGCAUCACCCGCGCCCUCGCUGCCAAAGCGGCCUCGUCCGUCCGUAUCCGUGUCCUUCUCGAGGGCCCGUACAGCCAUUCGGGGCACAUCUCUCCGCAACUCUCCCACUGCACCGAUAUGAUCUGCAUUGCCGGUGGUGUAGGAAUUACCGCUUGUCUCCCGUUUGUUCGUCACAGCUCAGUCGCGGGAAAUACAACCCUAUUCUGGUCCAGUCGGCACCAAGGUCUUGUUACGGCUCUCGCUCCUGCUAUCGAUAGCCUCCCAAGUAGCGUGAAGGUCGAGACUGUUGUUGGCGAGAGAUUGAAGCUAGAGGCAAUCCUGACCAAAGAGAUGCUCGCGGGUUCUGGUGGUCCGUUAGCUGUUGUCGUAUGCGGGCCUCCGGGCAUGGCGGAUGAGGUGCGCAGUAAGAUUGUAACAUUGGCGAGAACGGAAACAAGAAGCAGACCGUAUGUCCUGGUGGACGAAGCGUUCGCGUGGUAA